AUGACAGUCGAAACAAUCGUCCAGUACUUGCUGUGUUGGCAAGUAUACGUUCUUGCAGUAUUGGUCUACCACAUUUUCAACUGGAUUCACGAACAAAUAUUGUACAAGAAGUUUGGAGCUUCUCCUUGUAUCAACAAUGAAAGAGGAGGCUUCCUUGGUAUCAGACUUUUGAGGACGUUGUUGAAGGCGAAGCUGGACGGAACGCUAUCGGAUGUUGUGAAGAAUAGAUACUACGAAAUGGAACAUCCUGAAAUAGAAACGUUUACGCUGAGAGUGUUUUCACAAACCGUCAUUGCAACAAGAGAUCCUGCCAAUCUCAAGGCCAUUUUGGCUACUCAAUUCAAUGACUUUAGUUUGGGCAUUAGACAUGCUCAGUUAUAUCCGUUGUUGGGAGAUGGUAUCUUUACUUUAGAUGGUGAAGGAUGGAAACAUUCCAGAGCCAUGUUGAGACCACAAUUUGCCAAGGAGCAGAUUGCACAUGUUCAGUCGUUAGAGCCACAUAUUCAAGUGUUGGCAAAACAUAUUCGAAAAUCAGAAGGAAAGUCGUUCGAAAUGCAAGAAUUGUUUUUCAGGUUAACUCUCGAUUGUGCUACAGAAUUCUUGUUCGGCGAAUCAGUCGAAUCAUUAAGAGAUGCAUCAAUUGGGAUGGCGCGAGCUGAUGUGGAAGUUGAAGGAAAAGACCGGUUUGCAGAAGCGUUUAACUUAGCCCAGACCCAAAUUGCUACGAGAUCGAUGAUGAACAAAAUGUACUUCCUAUACAAUACGGAAGAAUUACGGAAUUCUUGCGAUGUUGUUCACAGAUUCACAGAUUACUAUGUCAACCUUGCUUUGCGGACAUCAACAGCAGAAUUAGAUAAAAAAUCUAAGAGCGGUUAUACCUUCUUGUAUGAAUUGGUCAAACAAACCAGAAAUCCACAGAUUUUGAGAGAUCAGUUAUUGAAUAUCUUGUUGGCUGGUAGAGAUACGACUGCUGGUUUGUUGUCUUUCGCUUUCUUUGAAUUGGCUCGUCAACCACAUAUUUGGGCGAAGUUGAAGGAUGAAAUCUACUCUGCGUUUGGGUCUGGUGAAAACUCGAGAAUAGAUGAAAUCACUUUUGAAUCUUUAAAGAGGUGUGAGUACUUGAAAGCCGUUCUUAACGAAACUUUGAGGAUGUAUCCAUCUGUCCCCAAUAAUGGUAGGAUUGCUGUAAGGAAUACAACGCUACCAAGGGGCGGGGGACCAACAGGCACCGAACCUAUGUUGGUAAGAAAGGGUCAGAAAGUUGUCUAUAGUGUCUAUACGACCCACAGAAGUAAAACACAUUACGGUGAAGAUGCCGAAGUCUUUAGACCUGAAAGAUGGUUUGAGCCCUCGUCCAGAAAGCUCGGCUGGGCGUAUCUUCCUUUCAAUGGUGGACCACGUAUUUGCUUAGGACAACAGUUUGCAUUAACUGAAGCAUCUUAUGUAGUAACGAGAUUGAUUCAAAUGUUCCCUAAUAUCAGCUCCGAUCCAACGAUAGAAUAUCCUCCCAGAAAAGCUUCACAAUUGACUAUGUGUCUCCAAGAUGGGCUUCUUAUUUCCUUGUAUUGA